UCUCACAGAAAAAGCGAUUAACAGCAGCAGAAGUGAGUGAAUUAGUAGAUUCUGUAAUCGAUCUCUCGCUUUUGAGCGAGUUUUAGCAGAAAGGAAGAAUGGCAGAUCGGACGAAACUUGUAACUUACGCUUACAUUCUUCUCUACAUCGCUCUCUCCAGUGGCCAGAUCUUCUUUAACAAGUGGGUUUUGUCAUCUAAGGAAAUUAACUUCCCUUAUCCGCUCGGGUUGACUCUGCUUCACAUGGUCUUCUCUUCAGUUUUGUGCUUUAUACUAACCAAAGUUUUCAAGGUUAUAAAUGUUGAUGAUGGAAUGACACUGGAAGUAUAUGCCACAUCAGUUGUUCCAAUUGGCGCAAUGUUUGCUAUGACUCUUUGGCUUGGAAACACUGCCUACCUUUAUAUUUCUGUGGCUUUUGCACAAAUGUUGAAGGCUAUUAUGCCAGUUGCUGUUUUCGUUCUUGGAGUAGUUGCUGGACUUGAGGUGAUGAGUUGCAGAAUGCUUUUAAUAAUGUCGGUAAUCAGCUUCGGCGUUCUUGUGGCUUCUUAUGGCGAGAUCAAUAUCAGCUGGAUUGGAGUUGUGUAUCAGAUGGGUGGAGUUGUUGGAGAAGCCUUAAGACUGAUUUUCAUGGAGAUUCUAGUGAAAAGGAAGGGUCUAAAAUUAAAUCCUAUCUCUAUGAUGUACUAUGUCAGUCCCUGCAGCGCUAUUUGCCUAUUUAUUCCUUGGAUCUUUUUAGAGAAACCAAAGAUGGAUGCACAUGAAUGGAACUUUCCACCCCUUGUACUAAUACUCAACUCUCUUUGUACGUUUGCACUCAACCUCUCAGUUUUUCUCGUGAUCUCUCAUACAAGUGCUUUGACAAUCCGUGUGGCUGGAGUUGUCAAGGAUUGGGUUGUCGUCUUGCUGUCUGCUCUUCUAUUUGCAGACACAAAGCUUACAUUGAUUAAUCUGUUUGGCUAUGGCAUUGCAAUCACUGGUGUAGCUGCAUAUAAUAAUAAUAAGUUGACAAAGGAAGCAUCCCGACGUAGCUCUGAUGAAUCAUCGCCUGUUGAAUCCAUACCAUUGACUGCACCAACAAAUUCCAAUGGUUGAGACGUAUAGUGAAAGCUGCAUUGCAAGAAAUUUUGAAGUUUUUUCGCUGGUACAUAACCGAGUCAAAUGGACUUAUUAAUGUGCAAAGACGGGAAACAAAGAAUCAUAGACAUGUAGAGGAAAUUUGCUGCAGGCUUUUGAAUGUCGGCUUAUAGUUACUGUACAAACUGGACAUUCUUUUUAGUUUGUGAAGUGGAGGUGAAAAGGUUGGUAUCCCUCUAGUUAGGUGCAUUCUUUUAUUUUCCCCUAACAUUUUCAACAAUUUUUCACAUCAAAACUAGUUGUGAUGAAGUUGAUGAUUUAGUCGAGAAAGUGUUGUGCACGAUGCGUACGUUCUCAUCGAUAAUAUGUAAAACUUUACAUGUAUAAGGUGUAUAGCUUUCGGGUACCGAAAAAUGAUACAAUGUUGUGCUGUACUUGUGAUUUCAUAGUUAAAUAUAAUGAGAAUAACUUCAUCUUUAUGCACAAAAUAUUAA